AUGGUCCAAAAGCCUACCCCCAGUCCUAGUUCUGCUAGCGACACCGUUCGUUGGGAGGAGACCGAUGUACUCAUCGUCGGAUCUGGUCCAAUCGGUGCCACCUUCGCCCACACACUUGUCAAGAAAGGCAUCAAAGUUACGAUGAUUGAUAUCGGCCAGCAGGAAACUCGACGCAUCGGUGAUCAUAAGAAGAACAGCGUUGCAGUUCAGAAGGAUAUCAGCUUGUUUACCAACACAGUGAAGGGAGAACUUCACCUUCUGUCUGUACCAACCAACUCAGCACGACCUGUCAUGGAACCAACUUCAUGGGCUCCUCGACCCACUGACUCAGCCUACGUACUCAACGGCCAGAACCCGUUGCAGAAGUCCUAUGGUAACCUUCCAGCUGCAGCUGCGACUCGUGUUGUCGGCGGUAUGGGAUCUCACUGGACUUGCUGCACCCCUCGACAGCACAAGGGGAUCGAACGCUCUGACCUCUUUAGCGAUGGUGAAUGGGACACUCUCUAUGGCCGGGCCGAGAAGCUCUUUACGAAGACCGACGAUGCUUUUGACGACUCGGUCCGCCAAAAGCUCGUCAAACGUGUGCUUACAGACGCCUACCCCGAUCGCGAGAUGAAGAGCAUGCCCCUAGCUUGCAAGCGGAAACAUGACAAUAAGGAGUACGUCGAGUGGUCUUGCACUGCUACCAUUCUCGGCGAGCUUUCCAAGCCUGAGUAUUUUUAUAAGGGUGAGGAGCGACUCUUCGAUAUGAGACCUAACACUCAGUGCGACAAGCUGGAACUGGACCUUGACGGUCAAAUUGCUUGGGCAUUGAUCAAUGAUCUUGAAACAAACCAGCAGUACUACAUUCACGCCAAGAAGUAUGUCGUUUGUGCUGGAGCUGUUCUUACUCCAGGUAUUCUUCACAAGUCUGGACUCAAGUCGAAGCUUCCAGCUUUGGGUCACUAUCUGACUGAGCAGCCAAUGGCAUUCUGUCAAGUCGUUCUCGAUAGGAAGCUGGUCGACAGCGUCGAGGGCGAGGAGAUUGUCAAAGCGCACAGAGAAAGUCAUGACAACGAUCCUCUCCCCUUCCCGUUCAACGACCCGGACCCUCAGGUUUAUUUCCCGCUGUCCGAGAAAUAUCCUUGGCAUACUCAGAUCCACCGUGAUGCCUUUGGGUAUGGAGAAGUCCCAUCCAACAUUGAUCAACGUCUUGUGGUUGAUCUUCGCUGGUUUGGCUACAUGAAACCUGAUCAGGAAAACUGCGUUACAUUUUCUAACAAGACCAAGGACCAGUUUGGGAUGCCUCAGCCAACCUUCAAUUUUGUCUUGGACGAGGAGGCUGAGGAGCGUUGCAAGCGAAUGAUCACCGAUAUGAUUGAGGUGGCUAGAAAACUUGGAGGGUUCCUCCCUGGCGCAGAGCCAAAGUAUCUUGCUCCCGGUUCCGCCCUCCAUAUCUGUGGCACGUACCGCGCAGGAAGCACCCCAGCCGACAGUGUUGUCAACAAGAACGGUAAGGCUUGGGGUAUCAAUGACCUUGUUCUUGGAGGAUGUGGUAUCAUUCCCACUCAGAAUGCUUGCAAUCCUACUCUCACCGCUGCCUGUUUCGCUCUUGCAGCCGCUGACAAGAUCAUUGAAGAUCUUCACGUUGACCAGUGA